GCUUACCGAUAGAUCGGAUGUAUUUCUUUACAGAGUGGGAUGGAUUUAUUAGACUUUAAUACGUUUUAUAAAAUAUCGCUUUUUGUUGUCUUCUUUUAUUUUGUAAAAUUUGUAACUUGCGCCGAUAAAAAAUGGAACAGAAACUUCGAAUUUGAUGGAAAAGUUUCGCCGGACGGAUCAAUAAUAUCAGUUAGGAGUCGAAUCCAUUGUGGCAAGAUCUGUUUGGAUGACGGCGGCUGCGUGUCAUUCUUUUAUCUUCCUGGUUUUCUGUGUCAGUUACAUGAUCACGUGAUCAUUUCUAUUGAUGGACUACGGGAUCUGGAAAAAUCAACAUAUUACGUUUUGUAUGAAGGAGGAGAAGAUACCACAACACCUGCAGAUACCACCACGCACCUAGUUACCUCGGCGCCACCGGUAACCAUAACAAAUGCUGUAACCACCGCGCCACCAGAAAUCACAGCACCACCUAUCUUUACUACUACUUCAUCGUUUGACUGUCCUCCCGAUGAUUCUAUUUAUAGAACAAUAAUACUCAGCGAUAUGCAGCCAUUUACCUAUAAGGUAGUGAAAGCCCUGAAGACUCAGAGUGGCGCACGUACGGCAUGUGAAGCUGAAGGGGCAUAUCUCGCACGUAUAAAAACAGUUCCGGAAAUGGUCAUGCUUCUAGGCCUUAUACAUGAUUGCCCAGGAUAUCUCGGGUCAACAGACUAUUAUGUGGAUGGGCGCAAUACUUACUUUUCGGACGAUGACGAAGGGCCAUGGAGGUUCAUCCUUGGAGACUAUGUCCCUAUGUCAAACGAUUUUUGGGCUUUAACAUACCCUACAGAUGCGGAAGAUAAAAACUGUUUGCGCAUGAGUGCUACUCUAGAUUUUAAAGGGUCCACAGGAGGAAAAAAAGCUAAACGUUCCGUCGAGGUCAUGAAAGACUUUUUGGAUGAUGUUAAGAGAGGAAGCAGCAGAAAGAAGACAGAAAGAGAAGAUGGAAAGUGUUAA